AGGUCAAACUUAUAUGCCCCAGUCGAAUUGUUUUUCUUCAAAAUUAGGUUAAAUAUGAUUCUUUUGGUGAAGAGUAUUCAAGGAAAGGAAUUCCCACCCUAUAUUGAUCGAUUCAAAACUUCAACACUUUGCUCAUAAUAAAAAGGAAAAAAAAAAUCAAAUUAAGAGUCAAUUAUUCUCUUUCUUCCCUGACAAUUAAUAUAAAUAUUAUAAAUAUAGAUAUAUGUAGCAGUCACUUUCCCUCCUGUUGGUUAUACACACACUUCUCUUCUUGCCCAGGGUAAGAAAAAAUAUAAAAAAUUGGGCUGAUGGAUAUUGCGGGUCAUGCUGUUCCAAUCAAGAAACUGCAGUGGCUCUCGUAUGUUUUCUGUGGGAUUUUGAUGUGCAAGAUUGUAUACGACUUAACAGGAGCAAUCAGUGCUUCGUUCUUCAAGGGAUACAACAAGCUUAACAACAAAGAAAAGCUCGAAUGGAACAAUAGGGGGUUCUCCACUUUCCAUGCCAUUGUCGUAGCUGCUGGUUCUCUGUAUCUGCUUCUGUUUUCAGAUCUUUUUGUUGAUAGUGAAGAUGUGUUGUUUAUCAACAAGUCCUCGACACUAUCAGACACCAUAAUGGGGGUAUCAAUUGGCUACUUUCUAUCUGACCUGGCAAUGAUUAUUUAUAAUUAUCCAGCGUUAGGUGGAAUUGAGUAUAUCCUACAUCAUGGACUCUCUAUGUUUUCCAUCAUUCAGUCCCUCUUGAGUGGUCAAGCACAAUUUUACAUAUUCAUGGUUCUGUUUACGGAAAGCACUACCCCAUUUGUCAAUUUAAGAUGGCGUCUUGAUGUUGCUGGACUGAAGAAUUCAAAACUUUACAUUUACAAUGGUGUGGCGUUGUUCAUUGGGUGGUUGGUUGCAAGGAUCAUUUUGUUUGUGUUCCUAUUCUUCCACAUGUUCGUCCAUUUUGAUCAGGUCAAGCAAGUCUACUGGUUGGGCUUCUACAGCUUGGUUGCAAUACCUCCUGUGCUGUCAGUGAUGAACUUGUUCUGGUUCUGGAAAAUCGCAAGAGGUAUGGUAAAAACCUUAAGAAAGUCUAAACAGAGGUAAAUGGUGAUAAAAAUAUCUAGGAUGUAAAUGCUUUCGAGUUGGCCGUGGUUUAUAGGAUCCAUACGUUAGCAGGCAACUGUAAAAUCUACAAAAUACGCGAGGCUCAGGCCCUUUUACUUGAUAAAAAUCUUUGUACAGGGAUGAUGCUGUGUUCUUGUGAAGUUUUUACUGCUUUUCCACUUUCCAGUAUCA